AUGCCUGAUAUGAGAAAGUCUAGAGACAUCAAUGUUAUGACUACAUCAACACUAUGUGUGCAGUUAAACACCCUUUAUUAUGGCAUUAGUCAUCUUAACAAGCUGGAAGAUAGCAUUUGGGAACGCUGGAUAAGGAAGCAGAAGCAAGGGAAAUCCAAUAAGAGGUCUACAGAUGACAACUUGAGAAAAGAAAGCUUUGAUGGAAGUAGGAAAGAUAUUAAUGCAGCCAUUGACCGGAUUUGUGAGUUCACACGAACUAAGCUAAUUUUCUGGGAUCUAAGGGAGCCAUUCAUUGAAAACCUAUAUAGACCUAGUGUUUCAGAGUCCAGGUUGGAAACAACACUCAUUGAGCCUCUUGAUGUGGAACCAAAUCAACUAUGUGAUAUCAUUGUGGAGCCACUAAGAGAUCGAAUUGUAACAAGUCUUCUUCAGGCAUCACUGGAUGGAUUAUUUAGAGUGCUAUUAGAUGGAGGUCCAUUGCGAUUGUUCACGCCUUCUGAUGCUAAAUUCUUAGAAGUAUGGACAAAGCUUCAACAGGUUGGUGAUGAAAUAGUGACACUUGCAAACACUCUUUCUGAUAAAUCCCGGGCUCACUAUGAACAGGUUAGAACAUUGGAGUUCACAGGUGUUCACAGGUGGAUUAAGGUAAAGUUGAUGGAAGAAAGGAAUAUGAAGCCACUUGAUUUAAAUCUUGUAGCAUUAUCAGUAAGAUGCGGUAAAGACUUGGAGUUGAAUUUGGCUAAGUCAUUAUUGUGUGAGAUGGGCCAAUGUACAAAUGCUUAUCCAUAUAAUCAGCUGUUUGGAGCAUUAGUCUUAAAGAAUUAUGAAAAGCAAGAUGCAACUUUACUUAGUUGGAAUUUGAUGUACAUAGUAGAUUAG